AUGGCACUCCUUGAAAUCGCCUGUUUCAACGUCGACUCUGCACUGGCCGCAGGGCAGGCUGGGGCAGAUCGCGUCGAGCUGUGUGAUCGUGCAGAUGUCGGUGGAAUAACGCCGCCCUCAAGUUGGAUCGCCGACCUGCGCGAGAAGAUCGAGAUACCUAUUCAUGCCAUGGUCCGCCCCCGAGGCGGUGAUUUUGUCUAUUCACCCGACGAAUUCCAGGAGAUGAAAGACACCAUAACGGGUCUCAAAGCGAUUGCAGACGGCUUUGUCUUUGGCAUCCUCAAGCCCGACCGGACGGUCGAUGCUGCAAGAACCUCAGAAUUAGUUGAACUGGCAGCUCCUCUGCCGUGCACGUUCCAUCGUGCGUUUGAUGAAACCACAGAUUUGCCUCGAGCUCUCGAGGAUGUUGUUGGCUGUGGGAUUCGUACCAUCCUGACCUCUGGUGGUGUUUCAAACGCCUUUCAAAAUUGUGAUGUUCUUGCGCUGCUUGUGAAGCAAGCAGGCGGUCGGGUUGUGGUCAUGCCAGGUGGAGGCGUGCGGUCAACAAAUAUCGAGGAACUGAAAAGGAGGACAAACGCCCUCGUGUUUCAUUCUUCAGCCCUGGUUGCGGAACAAAAGGUUGCUGACGUGGCUGAGAUCAGGCAGAUGAAGGUGAUUCUGCAGCCAAAGUCUUGA